AUGUUUGCAGGAGUGCAUCGUCCACUUAAUAUGCCCCAAGCGUAUCAGACACGUACUGGUUAUUUGGGUAAUGCGAUGACAAGACCGCCGUCGGUCGCUGGCAAACGAGGUGGUCGACGACCGAAAGAAUAUGAAGAAUAUGAUCAUGUUACAUUGAGUGAGGAAGAACGUGAUAAACGCGACAAAAGGCGUCUUCGAAAUAAGGAAGCUGCAGCACGAUGUCGCCAAAGACGGCUUGAUCUCAUGGGUUCGCUGCAAAAUCAAGUGGCUCAACUGAAAGAAGAAAACGAUAUGAAAGAUACGCGAAUUGCUGAACUGCAGCUGCUAGUAAGCCUGUUGUUGCUUUUGUGGACGUGUGGCACAGCUUAUGCUGUUCACCAAGCUUCCGAGACAACUCAUUUCAUCGGAUUAACUUUUUAA